AUGUAUGGGAUUAGGCAAAUGUGCAAUAUAUAUUUUUCCAAAAGGAACAGAGAAAAAAUUGAAGCUUCCAAACAGAGAGAAAAAGAAGAGAAAGAAAAGGAGGAAGAGGAGAAAAAAAAGCAGAUCAUGGAGAAAAAAAAGGAGGAAGAGGAGAAAAAAAAGCAGAUCAUGAAGAAAAAAAAGGAGGAAGAGGAGAAAAAAAAACAGAUCAUGAAGAAAAAAAAGGAGGAAGAGGAGAAAAAAAAGGAGAUCAUGAAGAAAAAAAAGGAGGAAGAGGAGAAAGUAAAAAAUAAAUGA